UUUCAGAACAUGUAGAGUAUCAUAUUUUUGUUGGUGAGGAUUGUGUUGUUGGUCGGAAAGAUGCAACGCUGCUACUUGCAAGUGAUCCUUCUGUUAGUCGUAAGCAUGCUGUGUUAUAUGUUAAACACCCAGAAGAAAACCUGAAGGAUCCCACAAAGAAACCUUCCUUGUUUUUGAGAGAUGAAGGAUCAAAGUAUGGAACUUUUAAAAAUGGUGCCAGAUUAACAACAGAAGUUGACCUUGAAGAUGGUGAUAUUGUAAAAUUUGGCCAAUUUGAAAGUGAAUUCAGGGUCUGUGCUUUGCCUUUGAUAGUUACUACUUCAUGCUUAGAGGUUUCUGCUAAAAGAAUGUUGAAGAUAAUUGUUCAUAAUUUAGGGGGGCAUUUUGUACCUGAAUGGCAGCCUUCUUGUACACAUCUAGUCAUGUCUGAAGUUAAAGUAACUGUAAAGGCUCUUUGCUGUUUAGUUUCUGCUAAACCUAUUGUUCAACCUGAAUAUUUUGAAGAACUGAAAAAAAGUUUACAUAGCACAUCAACUGUCAUAUCUCCAAAUAACUUUGUUCCACCGAUUGGAGAAUCUCUCAUAGACCAGGAUAAAGUUUCUUUUGGGGUGAAUCUGCAAAGAAAGCAGAUUUUUGAAAACAGAACUUUUUUCUUUCUAGAUGAAAAGCAGUUUAAGAAAUUGCAUUUGGGUAUAAUAUUGGGGAGUGGAAAUGCCACAAUACUCUCUGAUGAAGAAAUUGAUGAAGAGUUAUUAUUAAGGGACGGCCAUUGUGUUAUUGAACCAAGUCGGGAAAUGUCACAAAAUGCUGAAAUAAACAAGCUCAUGGAACAGGUUAAGUCUAUACUACUGAAAAAGAAAUUAAGAAUGAUUCCAGAAUCAGAUAUCGGCCUAGCUGUUGCAUACUGCUCUACUGAAAAAUACUGUAACCCAAAAUUCAGUUUUGGUGCUGCUGUUCUCAGAAGUCCAAAAGUACAAUCACAGACUUUGUCACAAGGAGAAGUGUAUGUUCCGAACACUGAAGAAUUAGUUGCAGGGUAAGUUGGAU